UCCUUUCCUAACAGAGUGAUCAUGUUCUAUUUCCAGCUGGUGAUCAUGGCCGGGACGGUGCUCCUGGCUUACUACUUUGAGUUCACGGACACCUUCCCCGUGCACAUCCAAGGCUUCUUCUGCAAUGACAAAACCUUCUCCAAGCCCUACCCCGGACCGGACCACACCAGCAAGAUUCCCCCGGUCCUCAUCUACUCGCUUGUCACUGCCAUUCCCACCUUCACGAUUCUUGUCGGAGAACUGUUCGCUUUCUUCACCACGGCAGAAGGAAGCCGGGAGAGGACCAUCGUCACUGCGGACUGCUGCUACUUCAACCCCCUCCUGAGACGCAUCAUCCGCUUCUUAGGGGUCCACGCCUUCGGUCUACUGACGACAAGCAUCUUCGCCAAUGCCGGGCAGGUGGUGACAGGCAACCAGACUCCUCACUUCCUCUCGGCCUGCCGACCAAACUACACGGCGCUGGGCUGCCAAUCCAACACGCAAUACAUCAGUGAGCGCCGGGCCUGCACGGGCAGCCCUCCCGUCGUCCUGUCUGCACGGAAAUCCUUCCCCUGCAAGGACGCGGCGCUCAGCGUCUACUCCGCAGUCUACACCGUGAUGUAUGUGACGCUGGUGUUCAAGACCAAAGGGACGCGCCUGACAAAGCCCACCGUCAGCUUCACCUUGCUGUGCCUGGCGAUGAUCGUCGGCGUGAUCAGGGUGGCUGAAUAUCGCAACCACUGGGCCGAUGUCCUGGCGGGAUUCUUCACUGGCGGAGCCAUCGCCGUCUUUCUGGUGACUUGUGUGAUUAACAACUUCCAGCAGAUGCAGCUCGGCCCUUCCGCACAAGUGGCCCAGUGUCCCGAGUCCACGUCGGCGAUGCCCAUGGUGACGCUGCCCUGCGUGGAGAGUCCACUAGAAAAACUCCGCGGGGAUCUCCGUUCACCGAGAUCACAUGACCAUCAGCCCCAUCGGUUCCCCGCCAAAGCCGAUGUCCUCACACCGUCUCGCUUCAUUUGCAGCCAAGUCUCGAGCGGGCCGAACAGCGCUCUCCCGGCUGCGCCGCGCAUUCGGCCGGGCGGUGCGCCGCGCUGCACCGCUCCUAUUCCACGCAGGUCUAGACAGCUGGCGCGCACUUUUCACACGCUCCCCCCCCCCCCCCCCCCGGGAAACCGAUAGGCAAGACUUUUUCAAAGAACUUGGCUGGAACCCCCCCCCCCCCCCAGCGAAGGAGCGGAACGUUCAACUUUUCUUUUUCAAUAAUCUUUUUCGCCGCCUUUCUACUUUUUGAUAUCAAGUCAUGCAAAGCUUCUGGUUGUCUGUGCGCCGUUUGCAAGUCAUCUUGAGAACACGCGUGGCAGUUUUUCUCAUGUCAUGAGUUUUAUAUAUAAUUUUUUAUAUAUAAUAUAUCGAUUCAACCGAAAUGACGUCCCUCCACCCCAAAAAAAAAAAAUAGGAAGCCCAGUCCGCAAGCACAAUUGAUAAUUCAUCUCCAUCAGGAGUCUUAUUCCUUGCUAUUAUUUCCUUCCCUCAGUGUACGAGAUGUGAAAUAACGAGAUGUGCCUUGUGAACUCGCCGUGUGUCAGCCAAGCCAGGUAGCGGAGACGGUGACGUAACAAAUUGGAAAUUCCUUGCCAGCGCUUGACUCCUCGCUUAGAUGAUUUACUUUUGAUCAAACAAAGCACGAUUUUGCAUUGGAGAUCUCAUACAAGAUAGUUCAAGUUGAAGUUCCAAACGAUGCUCGUAGCCUCGCCAUUUUUAACUCGGCUCUUCAAACAUUCAGGAUUAAAACAAAAAAAAUUAUUAGUAGUCUAAGGCAAACAGCAUAUCUUGGAAAACAAUCAGUUAUAUAUUGUUUAUCAUCCGACUGUACAUUUCCGUUCAUUUAAUGUUUCGUGCAUUUAUCUUGGGCCGGAUUUGAGGAUUAAUGAAUUGAUUUUAUGAGCACGAGUACGGCAAACGGUGGUGGUUGUUUUCGCCGCGAUGCGCACUCGUGAUGAGAACUUUGCCGACUUUGAUUGGCAGGCUUCCUUCCUCCCAAUCCGCGUUUUGGUUCACUCUCCGCUUUUGCUUCUUUCCCUCCAAAUCCUUUUCACAAUCCAUCAGCAGCCCCUCCUUGAUUCUUGUUUCACGACCAUUUUACUUGUCUGAUGUUUCCUUCUGCUGGAGAAUACGCACAUGAACCCGCGCGCACUCGUGCCGUUUAUAACGCCCGUCAAUUUAAUCCACUUUUUACACUGAAAGCUGUAUAAUAUUGUACAUAGUUUCUUUCUUUCUUUUCUCUUUUUUUUGUAUCGAGAGUCAUAUAUUGAGUCAAAACUCACUUCCUCUCUUGACUGGGGAAAAUCUUAAUUAAAUAACACCUGUAAGCUCCAUCUUUUCCCCGGGUUCAGCCAUCAGCAUGGCACUUGACUUUCAUCUGUUUUUAAGAAUAAACACACUGCAGUUGACUGAAUGAAAGCGACGCUGAGGGGAAACAUUUGUUUUUCUUUUUUUCCGAGUCUUGCUGCAGCCAAUUGUCCGUUUUGUAAGAAUUGUGCCAUGAGAACAAUAAAUGCAUCUUGCAGUGAGAGAAA